UGUAAACAUCCCGCCGAGAGUGCGCGCCAUCUUUGUCGGAUUCAAUGAGAGGUAACGGCUGCUAACUUCUCUCCGCAGGAGGGGAGCGACUAAACCAGCCGAAAUCAAGCACGAAAAACAUAUUUUGGAUGGUGUAGCAGAGCAUUCUCAGAGCUUUGACCAGACACUGGGGCAAUGUUUUACGCCCAUUUCGUCCUCAGCAAACGUGGGCCGCUAGCCAAGAUCUGGCUGGCGGCUCACUGGGACAAGAAGCUGACCAAAGCUCACGUCUUUGAAUGCAACUUGGAGAGCAGUGUGGAAAGCAUCAUCUCACCAAAGGUGAAAAUGGCGCUGCGUACAUCUGGCCAUCUUCUCUUGGGAGUGGUGAGGAUCUACCACAGAAAAGCAAAGUAUCUCCUGGCUGAUUGUAAUGAAGCAUUUAUCAAGAUCAAAAUGGCUUUCCGCCCAGGUGUUGUGGAUCUGCCAGAGGAUAACCGUGAAGCUGCGUACAACGCCAUCACCUUGCCAGAGGAGUUUCAUGAUUUCGACCAGCCUCUCCCUGAUCUUGAUGAUAUAGAUGUAGCACAGCAGUUCACUCUGAACCAGAGCCGUGUUGAGGAGAUCACCAUGAGAGAGGAAGUGGGAAACAUCAGCCUCAUGGCCGACAAUGACUUUGGUGACUUUGGCAUGGAUGACCGUGAGAUGAUGAGGGAGGAGAAUGCUUUUGAGGUGGACAUAAUCCACGGUUCCUCCACCCUGCUUCUGGAAGCUGAGCCUGGCCCCGCCCACCUACCUGACAAAUCAACUAACCUUGAAUAUGAUGACUUUGGGGACAACAACCUGGAGAGCAGUGAUGGGGGAAUUCUAAUGGAUAAGAUUCUGAGCAAUGAGGAAGGUGGUGGAAUAUUUGAUGAUCCCCCAGUUAUCCCUGGGGGCAUAAUAAUGCCACAAGACCAUGGGGAUGAUGAAGAUGACUUCGAUAACUUUUCUCCUGCUGGUGGUCUUGACAGUCCCGAAUCUGGACCAGUGGAGCCUCUCCCCAACACCACAGAUCAGACGGAACAGACCACUCUGGUGCCUAAUGAGGAAGAAGCUUUCGCUCUGGAGCCCAUCGACAUUACUGUGAAAGAGACGAAGGCCAAACGCAAGAGGAAGCUCAUUGUGGACAGUCUGAAGGAGUUGGACAGCAAGACCAUCCGUGCACAGCUGAGCGACUACUCCGACAUCGUCACCACUCUGGAUUUGGCUCCACCCACUAAGAAACUGAUGAUGUGGAAGGAGACUGGUGGCGUUGAGAAGCUCUUCUCAUUGCCCGCUCAGCCCCUCUGGAACGGCAGACUGCUGAAGAUGUUUACACGCUGUUUGACUCCACUGGUGCCUGAUGAGAUGAGAAAGAGAAGGAAGGGCGGAGAGGCUGACAGCCUGGAGGACUUCCUGAAGGAGCUGGAGAACCCAGAGGUGCCCAGAGAGGAGUUGCUGGGCCAGAGGAGUGAUGUGAUUGAUCAGACCAUCAUGGAAGAGCCCAGUAUGCUGCAGGCUUCCUCUAUGGAGGGCAGCAGAACUGCUCUGGAUGAGUCCAUGAUGCCACCUCCAUCUCGGCAGCGUGGAGUCAAGCGCAAAUCACAAGACCAAGAAGCAGCUUUGCCUCAAAUGGCUGUUUUGGAUCAGACUCUGCAACCCUUGGAUCAGUCAGUCCUCUCCCAUCAGCUCGACAUGCCCCAGGUGGAUCUUCCUCCAGAGGACAGCGUCAACCUCUCUACACUCGUCCCUGAGCUGGACCUACUGGAUGACCAGAACAAGGAGAAGGACAAGGACAACAGCGAUGAAGAGGGGGAGGAGGGACAAGGAGACCAAGACCAAGAGGAGAGGAGAUGGAACAAGAGAACUCAACAGAUGCUUCACGGACUUCAGCGUGUGGUGGCCAAAACCGGAGCCCAGUCAAUCAGCCUGCUUGAGCUGUGCAGAAACAACAACAAGAAACAGGCUGCAGCGAAGUUCUACAGCUUUCUGGUGCUCAAGAAGCAGCAGGCCAUCGAGCUGAACCAGGCAGAACCGUACAGUGACAUCGUCGCCACACCAGGACCGCGGUUCCAUAUUGUAUAGAUGCGUCGUACCCUCUGUUUUUAGUAGUUGUAUUUAACACCGUUAUUAUUGUUUUGCUACUGUUGCUUUUUGUUUUUAUAUCUGUUUUUGUCCUUUUGGGGCCAAUUUUAGGGUUUUAAGUCAAACCCAAUAGAUCAUGAAGACAUCGUAAGGAGUUUUAUUGCUAGUACAUGUUGGACCUCAUAAUGUCAAGACCGUUGGGAUUUUUCAGUCUCACUACUUUUUUCAACUGUUCUCUUUAUUUUUCUCCAUAAGCUUUAUCCCAGUACGUUUUACAUUGUAGUAGCGUUAGAUUUGUGUACAUUUUAACUUUAUAAUGAUGUCACAAUUGAGAGGGGAGAGCGAGAGAGAGAGGUUUAUUUUUGGAAAACCAAGUGAAUUUAUUGACAAUAGCUCAGUGAUUUGUAUCUCUCUUUUAAUGACAGUUACAAUUAUUAAAAGUUUGUUAAACUCCUUCAUACAGUUGGAAUUUUUAUGCACUUGUGAUUUCAAUUUUCAUAUUGAUUGAAAAGAUUUUCAUACAUUAAUGUAAUUUAAAGUUAAACGUUAUGUUAACUUUUGGGUCUGUGAUUAGACAUUGUUUGCAUCCGGCUGGACUGCAUGUUAAGUUUAGACUGCAAAUAAUACACAUUUCAACUCAAUUUCUUGCAUUACCGUGAAAAAAUGCAUAUUGGUAUGAAUUUGUAUUACUCUAACUUUUUAUAAUUUGUUUAAGCUUUCCUACAAUGUGACUGUUUUACCAUGAAUUAUGUGUGAAUUGAAUUUAUCCAAUGAAUCAUAAUUACAGUGAAAAUCAGGUACAGUUGCAUCUCAUUGCUUUAUAGGUCAUUUUAGUAUCCUUAAAAAUGUAAAACCCUUUUUUUAAGGUGUAGUGU